UUAAGUUUUCGAAACAAUUAUGGCGGCAUAACCUCUAACUUUCGUUUGAAAUUUAGUUGUCGAACUUGUUGACAAGUGAUGUGGAUUUUCUCGUAAAAUUUUUAUUUUUCAAUUGAAUCGAAUAUGUUCAUAGUAACUAAAGAAAUCGAUGGAGAAAAUAUCAGCAAAUUGUGUCGUACGUGUUUACGAGAGGACGGUGAUAAAAUGGUUUGUUUGUUUGUUGGACCUGCAGGCUCUUCUCUCGCUGCCAAACUGAGAUCAUUAUCGUGUCUAGAAGUUUGGCAAGGAGAUGGAUUACCAGAAAAGAUGUGUGACCGAUGUGUCACCAGAGCAGAAUCUGCUCUUUUGUACAGAGAACAAUGUAGAGCAGCCGAUAGGGCUUUAAGACAGGCUGCUUUAAAGGUCUCUGGUUUAACUUCCUAUGCAACUGUAUCAGGCUGCAAAUUGUAUCAGCAGAGUCAAGGUUUUAUGCCAGUACAAAAUUCACACAAAACUUUAAAAUGUAUAGAAUGCGGAGCUGUGUUUAUGAGUUAUCAAGAAUUGUGUGCUCAUAAUAGAUUGCAUUUACCUUUCGUACAAGAAAAUAUCCCUGUAGAACAUAUGCACAUCAUAGAGUCUCAAAAUACAUAUCUUAAUUUCAGUCAUUUAAAUUCUAAUCUCCCUAACGAUGGCAUACAGAAUACUCAAUUGUCACCAUUAAUUACGUCUAAUGUAAUGCAUAUGAUGUCAGUUAAUGAAGAUGGUUCUAGUAGAGCUGCUUGCGCGCUCCAUUGUUCUCUCUGUAAUCAUACAUUUACUAAUAGAACGCAAUUAAUAUGUCAUAAUAUAGCUCAUACUACGGAAAAUAUAGAUAUAUCUUGUGACAAUGACAAUAUUGAUAUUUGCGAAAAUUCUAAUCAACUACCGCAGAAUUUGAGCUACGAAAGAUCUAUGAAUUCUGUCGAUAAUUCGAUUGAAAAUUUAUCUUAUCAAAGACCUAACGUGGAUAAUAAUGAAAUGCAAAAUUUAAACUUUCCGGAUAAUAUUCAUCUCGAUGAUGUUCGAGAAAAUGGUACGCAACGCGUUCAAAAUAUAAUGCAUUCAGAAAAUGAUGUCACAAAUGUGCAUAAUUUACAAUUUACCAAAGCACCAAAUGUUGAAACAGGUAGACAUAUCUUAAAUAACUAUCAAGUUUGUUCAUCCGAUUCUAAUUAUAAGGAAAAACUUGAUGCAAAGGAAUUAACUAAUUCGCAUUCAAAAAAAUACAAAUGUAAAUUAUGCACUAAACUAUUUAGUCAAAAAUCCAAAUUACUUGCUCAUCAGAUAUCUCACAGCGAUCAAAGACCAUAUAAGUGUCACAGUUGUGAAAAAGCUUAUGCAUCUAAAAGUAAAUUGAAUGCGCAUAUGAGAUUACAUACUAAAAAGAAUGUACAUUUUUGCAAAUUAUGUAACAAAGUAUUUACAUAUCCUUCUUAUCUUGAAGAACAUAUGAAAACUCAUAACAAGAUAUAUAGUGAUUCUAAAAAGGUAUUGCAACUUGAGGGUUUCCAAUGUAAUACGUGCAAGAAACGAUUUAGAUUAAUAAAAAAUUUAAAAGCUCAUGAAAAAUUACAUACUGGAAAAGAUCUUAUUCAAUGUGAGAUAUGCGAUAAACGAUUUAGUCAAAAUUACAAUUUAAAAGUACAUUUACAAAUGCACAAAUCAAUAAAGAUGCAUAAAUGUGAAUAUUGUAACAAAUGUUUCACUCAAAAGGGUAAUUUGGUGGAACAUUUAAGAAUUCAUACGAAGGUAAAACCAUUUGAAUGUAAAUUAUGUGGCAAAACAUUUUCUCAAUCAAGUCAUCUUAAAAAUCACGAGGCUUCGCACGUUUCCCUGAGACAACAUCAAUGUCGAUUAUGUGGGAAACGUUUUAAACUGGCGAAUCAUUUAAAGAGACAUUUAAAUCUACAUACAGGAACAAAAGCAUACAAGUGUGAACAAUGCAAUCAAAUGUUUUCUCAAGCUUUUAGUUUAACUAGACAUAUGAAGAGGCACAGUGAUUCACACAUUUAAUUAUAAUAUAAAAAGAAAUUUUUAUAAAAUACAUCAGAUAAUAUAAUAUAUCAUUCCUUUAAAUAUAUAUGUAAAAUAAUCUUCGUAUUAAAAAUAAUCAUCGUAAAAAAAAAAAA